AUGAGGAACAGCAUCGAUGACUGGGAGGUCGUCGAGUUGCAAGCGAGCUUCAUUGAAGAGAACUUGCUGUCGCAGGUGGCAGUGCUUAUGCCAGGACUGAGCUUCCCGAUCUGGGUCCAUGGACAGCUCGUUGCAAAGCUACGAGUUGACGAAGCAGAUUCAAACAAGUCUGCCUGUUUCGUGCUGGGUCGCGACACGGAGCUUGCGAUCGAGUCGAAAAGGCGUCCGAUGGAUGCAGUUCCGAUCAUGGGGGAUGGCACCGAGACGGCAGACUUUGCCUCUUUCCGUGUUCUGUGUUUGGAUGAGGAGUCCUCGACCCCGGCGGGCAGAGUUGCCCAGGAGGAUUUGAAUGACUUCUGUGGAGGCUCUCAGAGUUGUCUUGCCUGGCUCAUGCCACACGAUGCCUCAACGAGAGAGAGAAGGCCUGCAGCUUCUGCACCUAGUGCACACUUGCUGUGCCUUACAGCGGACGUUCAGGUUCCGCGUGGACACAUCGCCCUCAGCGCCUGUUUGGCCACCUGGGCGUGGAUUCCAUGUUUCAGUGUGGUGAACGUCUGCUACUGUCACCAGGUGCCUGUCUUCAUGCCGCACAUUGAGCUGGUGCCCUGUUAUCCGGAGCACUGGGUCAACAGAGCCGUUGUUGGUUCUGCUGCUCGAGAAGACGUUUGUUGGAUCCGAAGACGAUUUGAAGCCCUCAUAAAGUCCUGCGAGGGAAUUGACUUGGCGGAUGGCUCUGUCCUGAGUCUGCAAGCCGAACGACCGGGAGCGGCGGACGACGUGCCUCCAGAAGCACGAGCAACGUCCACAAGAUCGUGUGCAGGCGAGAGCAACCUGGAGGAGGUCGACUUGUACGACGACCUGUCGGACAUUGAGGACAUCUAUCAGCGGCAUGCGGAGCCUCCCAUCUUUGUGGACGGUCUUGGUGUGUACGAGGCAUGA